AGGUGGCAUCAGUGUGAGGACGGCCGAGCUGCUCCUGGUCUUCAGCGUUACGCUGUGGAUUUGACGAAACCACGGAGUGAGCCGCCACGUGAUUAAAAAGAAGAAGAAGAAGGAAAAGCAAAUUCCCUGUGUAUUCUAACCUGCAAAGUUACCAACCAUGAGGACAAACAUAUGGAUUUACCAAACUCUGGUGGUUGUGAUGGUCACGAUACUGGGCACAGGUUGUGGUCGAAGGGAUCGGCAUUUUCUGCAAAAGUAUGAGAAAACUGAGAGCCACGUGAUGGUUUGCACAGACUGCCCUCAGUCCCCGCUGGUACGAAACAGCCGGUCGCACGAACACUGCGCCCGCAAGUGCAAAAAGGUCAAGAAGAACUUCAGCUGUCGGGCUUUCAACUUCCAGAAGCACGACAGGAAAUGCCACUUGCUUCCUUUUGACCGUUUCACCCUCGGUGUGCAGAAGCAGGCCAACGUCAACUUUUCUUUGUACGAAAAAAAAGAUUAUAUAAGGGAGUGUAUUAGCAGCACCAAGGACGAUUACAGAGGGAGGAGGUCUUGGACAAAGUCAAACAUCACUUGCCAAGCUUGGUCUGAUACGAACAUCAAUGAGCACACGUUUGAUCCUGAGAGUCACCCAUUCCAAGACUUGAGGGAGAACUUUUGUAGGAAUCCCAACAACGAUAUUAGUGGUCCGUGGUGUUACACCACGGACCCCAACGUACGUUCUGAAGUGUGUGGCAUACCGCAUUGUUCACAGGAUGUGUGCAUGAUAUGUAACGGGGAGGAUUAUCGUGGGAAAAUGGACCACACAGAGAGCGGCAAGGAAUGUCAGCGAUGGGACUCUUCAAGGCCUCAUAAACAUCCCUUCCAGCCCAAAAAGUAUCGGAACAAAGACCUGAGGGACAACUACUGUCGUAACCCAGAUCAUCGUCUCCGACCCUGGUGCUACACCACUCACCACAAAACUCUUUGGGAAUACUGCAACAUCACUAUAUGCGACUCAGACUUCAGUAAGAACACAGAUGUCAAUGUAACAACAUCCUGUGUCCAGGGAAAGGGCACAAAUUACCGAGGCACCGUGAACGUCACGCCAGAGGGUGUGACCUGUCAGCGUUGGGACUCCCAGUUCCCCCAUAGCCACUCGUUUAUACCUGACAACUACAAAUGCAAGGACCUCAGCAAGAAUUACUGCCGGAACCCUGAUGGUGCAGAUUACCCAUGGUGCUUCACUACAAACCCAAAUCAGAGGAUAGCCAAAUGCACCCACAUUCCCUGUUGUGAUGCCGAGGCCACAGAAAAAACAGAAUGUUAUCAAGGCAAUGGGGAGUCAUACCGAGGCACGUUAUCCAUAACCCGAUCUGGGAUUCCCUGUGCAGACUGGUCAGAACACAUAAAUAGCGGGGAUUCUCACUCUACAGUGUCCCAUGUAGGGUUGGAGAAGAACUACUGCCGUAAUCCAGACCAGGAUAAGCAUGGUCCUUGGUGUUACACCAAUCCAAAUACCCGCUUGGCUUGGGACUACUGCAAACUGAAGCCCUGUGACUCGCCCACAUUGCUUGCCCCACCCACCAAUCCAACUAGAUCCAAGAUAUCUUGUUUUGUGCACAUCAAUACUAGAAUUGUUGGAGGACAUCAGGUGCAGGGCACAGAUGGCAGCUGGGUUGUCAGCAUCCAAAGAGAGAAGACUCAUUUGUGUGGUGGCUCGUUGAUCAGAGAGGAUUGGGUUUUGACGGACCAGCAGUGCUUCACCUCCUGCAUUCCAAAUCUGAGAGAGUACACCGUGCAAGUCGGUCUGCGACACCUGAGUGAGUCCGCAAACCACCCGAGACUACACAUCUCCCACCUGAUCUGUGGCCCAGAAGGAUCCAAUCUGGUUCUGUUGAAAUUGUCAGAACCUGCCCCAGUUUCUGAGGGUGCCACAACCAUUCAUCUGCCGGUAACAGAGUGUCACAUCGCUGAAGGCACCAACUGCACCAUGUAUGGAUGGGGGGAAACCAAAAACACGGGUCACGAUGAGGCGCUGAACACUGUCACCAUGCCGAUGGUCAAUAAUGACAUGUGCUCCCAACUCAAAAGCGAUACAGAAGAAAGCAGAAUAUGUGCUGGCGGCAAGAGAGGCGAAGGCGUAUGUGAUAAAGACAACGGUGGCCCACUGGUUUGCCAGGAACUUGAGCGUAAAGUCAUCGUGGGCGUGAGCAUCCAGAGGACGAAAUGCGCCUCGUCGCAGCCCGCGCUUUUUGUUAACGUCGCUUUCUACUCGGACUGGAUAUACAAGGUAUUCAAACUCUACCCCAGUUUGGAGAGGAACUAAAAUACGGUGGCACCAAACACAAAUUCCGCGCAGAAGUGCAUCGUAACCCGUAGGACGGAGGUCGGCCUUUGGGCCAGAAGAUUCCAGGAUCUUUCCGACGUCGAUCACGAGGGGGAAGUGAUUUUGGAAAGUAGUCAGUUUGGGAUUUGAAUGUGUGCCCUUAUGACUAGGGUGGAGACUUGUGAUUGGAGAAAUCCAGACUGGAUGUCCCAACCGGCUUUUAUUUGACAUCAGACAUUCGGGAUGCUCACUGCCGUACUGUAUAUACCACUAAAGUCUUGAGCACAUGGACCAGUCGUGUUUUGACAUGUUCAGAAUUCCUGAACUCAUCGGACAAGGACGGUCACGACUCAGUAUUGUCUCCUGGAAUAUACUUGAAUAUAAACAGACAGUUUCCACUAUGUGUGACAGCCUCCAGUGGACCUGAUGAGCUGGACUGCACAGCCGCUGUUUUUACCUUCAACACAAAGGACGCGGAUGGAGAAAAAGAACAAAAAUGAGUCAUACUUGGUUCACAUAUUUUUGAAGGCACUACAGGUAAAAAUGUCAAAUGAGUUAUGUUGGUACCUUUUACAAUGAAAUACGGUUCCACUGUUAAAGUUCUAAAAUUAAAAGUUCUGAGUCAAUAAAAAAAUGGAUCAUUUUAGACUUCUGAGUCCAUAUUGAAGGGGGCAUGGUUGACUUAUAUAAGCUAGCUGUAACGGUGUAUAAUACAAUCGCAGUAAAUAUCACUCAGGUACCAAGAAACAAAUCAAAUCAAAUUCAAAGUGACAUUAAUGAUGUUCAUAGGUUAAUGUUUCCUAGGAAUUAUCGGAUUUCUGGGUGUGGAAUGCACCAUUAUUUAUCAAAAAUAUGAUUACGUGCGCUCAUGUGUUAGCAGUUAGCAUUAGCAUAUUUGACCACAGUAACCACAAUAAAGAAUAACAGUUAGCGGAUGCUUCAAACUGUAGUUGACGCUAACUGUUUGGUGUAUGGUUAACGUCAACUACACAUAUACACACAUAACACAUAUGGUGAGGCUAAACGCAACACGUGACCACAUAUGCUGAUGCUAACCAUGUCAAUAAUGUCUGCUAUAAACGGCAAGUCAACUCUGCAUCCAGAAAUCCGGUAAUUCCUGAAAAACGUUGAUCGCAGGCUGAUUAAAAAAUAGCAGAACGAUGUAAAGAUAAUAACAUCCCAUGAAACCAAUUUGGAAAGAAAUUCUACCCCAAACACUAUUUUAACACACAUUAAAAAGUAUUUUCUACACGUUAGGUUUUAUUUUGUACUUGUUUUAUUUUUCUUUACUGCUGAAAAGGGCCUGAAUGCACAUAUUCACCUACUUCCUCAAAAAAAUUCCAGAGGAUUUAAGCCCCACCCUCCAUCCUGUGAUUGGCCAAAUUAGGGCUGGGCUACAACUGGCUUACAGUUAUGAUGCGUAUAAUGUGACAAAUUUGAUAUUUGGCAAGUGUAAAGGACUUCGGGGGGGAUUGUAACAAGCAUGCUAUCACGGCAAACAGUAUAAUUACAAAAGAAACGUCUCUGAAGACACAGCAGAAAGAAAAACACGUAGGCUAGCAUCGAUAGCUCUGUCACAAGAUCCACGCUCGCUGCAGGAGAAGCUACGUGCAGCAGCUUCAGCAAACUAAUCGCAUGAAUUAGCUGGACUACCUUUUGCACGAGUUAGCUGUAAAUGAUAGUGUGAACGGGUCGGCGUAAAAAGAGGCAAACUGCUCCGGAUCUUAUGCUAAUGCUUGUAGCAUGAGAAAGAAGAACCAUGCUAAAUGUAGCGUGGCUGUUUGGUCUCCACUUUGGAGGAACUGUGGCCCCUGGUGGGCUGAGUAAGAUAAUGUAUACUUUUGUUUUUCUUUUCUUUUGGUUUAUGGAAAGUGAGUCCGUUUGUACAUAUGUGCAGAUUUGUUGGUUCUGCCAUGCUGUAAGAUGUUAUAGGUCUUAUAGAUCUGGAAUAUUUGUGCGCCACAUCGUAACGUCAGAUUGGCUUCUUAUUGCGCCACAUCGUAAUGUCAGAUUGGCUUCUUAUUGCCUUUAAUUAUGUGUAAUAUUUAAGUACCUUGUAAGUAAUCACUCGGUAAUUUAUUAUUUUUUAUUACAUGAUGAGUAGUUUAAAAAUUAAUCCAGAUUAUUGUGUUUUUUUAUUAUUAUUAUUAUUUAAAGCUUGUAGGUUGCAUGUUUGGAUUCCAUGCAUCAGUCACAAAAUAAAAAUAAUACAAUCUGAAUAUCAUCAUUCUUAAAUUUGAUCUUCAUGCAAAAGUGCAAAUUUUAAGAGUUAAAUGGACUGCGUUAAUAUAGCGCUUUUCCAUCUGCAUCAGACGCUCAAAGCGCUUUACAAUAAUGCCUCACAUUCACCCCAAUGUGAAUCCCAAUGCAGGGGAUUAAGGACCUUGCCCAAGAGCCCUUAAUGAUUUUCCGGUCAGGCUGGGAUUUGAACCAAGAAUCCUCAAGCCCAAUGCUUAACCACUAGACCAUUACCUCCCCUUACUCUGUUAAAUAAUCCUGCUCAUACAUUGUUUCAUAUUCAUAGUUUUUCCUUCUUGUUGCAAUAAAAAAAAUGCCAAUAAAAAUUGGCAUGAGUGAUUCAUACCAUCUGAUGACAUUUAAUACUGAUACAUGUUCAGUUUGUUCCAUUUCCAUCGCUGUUGCUUGAGAAAUAAACUGUUCAUUUUAUUGUAAACUCUCUGAAGUGACAAACUCACUAAAGUUUUCCUGAAUGUUAACAUUAUCAUUUUACACCAACAGCGAUUGGUGCUAACUGUUGGGGCACGCUGCUCAGCGUGCCGCUCUCACUGGAACGACAACACAGAAUGUGUCUUGUCCCAGAUAGAUCUCUUUCUGUGCAGUUUCUUGUUCUGACUUUAACACAACUUAAUGCCCAAAUCUUUCAUCACCAACUGUAAAUGGUAAUCAAAACAUUCCAAUCGUAUCUUUCUGAACUCUUCCGCAUCAAACUACACCGUGUCAAUGUUUAGUGUGCUUGAGGGAUAACAGGGGAAGUUGCUCAUGAACUUUACGUUUCUUAAAUAUUUAUUGCGGCCACUCUUAAAACUUCGGUUGUCUGUAUAAUUUUAUUACUGGUAAAUUUUAGAAUUAAUUUAGAUAUACUCUUUAUCUCAUGGGAAUAUCAGUUAUCUGGGAACUACUUUUUGCGCAGGAAUUCAUCAAGCACAUCGGCCGCGGACGCGUACUAACACAGAAUACCCAGAAACUGGAUAGUUGUUCGGCCAAAACGAGAGCAUCCACUUUUAGCAUGCCAUAAGCUAUGCUAGUGGCGUGCGUGAGAGUAUGCUGUUGGGGAUGUGGUUAAUGCUAGCUGCAGUGAUCAACUAGCUAAUUGCAACUAGCUAUACAAAAUUAACAGUUUAUUCGAGAAAUAAACUUAAUUUUAUUGUCAUCUCUCUUAAGUGUAGAUCUAAGCUCACUUAAGUUUUUCUAAAUGCUAAUGUUAUCAUUUUACACCAACCGUGAUUGACGCUAAUGGUUGGGGAUGUGGUUAAUGCUAGCUGCAGUUAGGAAAACUAUGCUAACAUUAUCAUGUUACACCAACCGUGAUGGCGCUAACUGUUGGGGAUGUGGUUAAUGCUAGCUGUACCCUUACCAAAAAGUAGUAUAUGCAAGUAUAUUUCAGGUAUACUUCUAGUUUACUUUAUAUACUGAUAAGUACUAUUUUUUGGUAAGGGUAGUUAAUGUGCUAACUGGUGACUUCAUAUGCUAGUGGUAACCAGAGUGAGUGUGGCCCUACAUACUAAUGCAUGACCUCAUAUGCUAAUUAUGUCCCUAAAAGAAUACCAAAGUGUGAUGUUGCAUAUCCAUAACAAUGGUUUUACAUUCUUUUCAAAUUUUCCAUUUUGCACUUUGAAGACCAAUCUGACUGCAAUGUGGGGACUUUUCCAUCCUCGUGGAGAUUGGUGAUGGACUAAAUAAAUAAGAUGAAUUGUUUAUAUAUAUUUAGUGCAUCAGUCAGUUUGGUGGCAGAAUAUUAACUUAGUUUGUGGUUACACACAGGAAGGAUGCCAGUUUUCCAGCAGCUUUUACCCCCAACUCACUUAUUCCAGAUCAUAUGUAAAUAUAUUUAUGGCAAUAGCAUUGUGAAAAACAAAACGCCAUGUCGGCGCCAGAGGCAGCCCAACAACAUUCUCGUCAUACGUGUAGCUUUUGGCAUUUAGCAUGACAUAAACGGGGCUCAGCACAAACAACAGCAGAAGUAAUAGCAGCACUUCCCACAGUUUUGUGAUGUCUUUCUGUCAUGCUAACUCGCAAAAUUCCUCACAGUCACCUGGAAAGUGAUUAUAGCUUUCCACAUGCUCAGAUUUGUAGUUAUUGUUCCCCGGGAUGUAGCAGUUUUGCUCAUUAGAAAAGUAGAAUGCUCAUGGGGCCAUUGUGAAUGUAUUCAUUUUGGGGAGGGUCCACUAGUCCUAGGGUCAACUACUCCUAAGGUUCACUGGUCCUAACCUCUUUAUAUUAUUUGAUUCAGUUUACAAAAAUAAAAUAUCUGAUUCUGUUGACAUACACCAUUAAUCAUCUUUAAUUGUAUUAUGACUAGUGGCCCCUAGGACUAAUUGGAAGUUCCCAUUCAUUUUAACUCUAGAACCAACCACACGGGUCGUGACAUCAUCACUUUGGUACUCUAUGAUUGGCAUCAUCCGCUAACCAUUAGUGUCAACCAGUGUUGGUGUCAACCACUACGUCAACCAAUAACCAUUAGCACUAACCGAUGACUUCAUAUGCUAAUGCUAACUGUGGUGAGUGUGGUUGUCAUGGCUGGAGAAAAUGCUGACCUCAUGUGACAUUCACAUCCUCGAUGGUUGGCAUCAACCACUAACUUUUAGUAUCAACCGGGACUAGCAUCAACCACUAACCAUUAGCUUCAAGUGGUGACUUCAUAUAAGUCUCCAAUGGUUGGCCUCAUCUGCUAACAGUUAGCUUCAAAUUGAUGAUUUCAUUUGAUCUGCCUCAACCGCUAACCGUUAGUGCUGUCUGUGACUUCAUAUGCAAAUACUUCCCGUGACAGGUGUGGCCUUGCAUGCUAAUGAAUGAGCUCAUAUGUUAAUUGCGGCCCUAAUGGUUGGCAUGAACCACCAACCAUUAGCUUCAAGUGGUAACUUCAUGAGUCUCCAAUGGUUGGCCUCAACUGCUAACAGUUAGCUUCAAAUUGAUGACUUCAUUUGUAUCGCUAUUGGUCUGCCUCAACCACUAACCAUUAGCGCUGUCAGUGACUUCAUACGCAAAUACUUCCCAUGGUAGGUGUGGCCUUGCAUGCUAACAAAUAAGCUCAUAUGUUAAUUGCGCCCCUAAUGGUUGGCAUCAACCACUAACAUUAGUGCUAUAAGCAUAUGCUAGUGCUAACAUUGCUUAACCCUGUUAGCUUGCAAAUGUAGUGUGGCAGUGUAGCAAUGUCGAGUAAAAAUAGCGGUACAUCCCACAUCCCUUAAAUUCUGGUAAUUCGCGAGACGUUUUUCUUUACGGUCCUUCACUUCAUUUCGUAGUGCGGUCGUGCCAACAGGAUAAGAACAACACGAGGAGCUUCAAGACGGUUGAUUGUUGUUCAGUGAGACUUUCUUGAUCUGGAUUCAAAAUCCGCCGCGUUCUUACACACGUGGCUGCGGCUUUACACAAGUGAAACCAAAUCUCAAACAUUCACACGUAGAUCCGAUUUCUUGUCAGUUUUUUUUCUUCUUUUAUUUAAUUCGCUGUCAUGUAAAUUGCCCAGCGCAUCCUGUUAAUUACAAUUUGUAAUAUUUUUUUGUAAAUAGUGUUUGUAUUUUCAUCAUCCUUCUGUUUAUAUGUUUGUAAACUGUAAAUGUUAAUUAUGACAGCUGCUAUUUUAAUUGUUUCAUAUCAUUCAUCAUCAUUUUUUUUUCAGAAUUUUGUACCCUUUUUAUUAUGCAGUGUUUAAUAAACAAUUUGAUACUCUGUUA